UGUCACGCAUUCGUGUCUACGCACCUUGAACUCAGUCAUACGACGGUUCGCAGGCUGCCGAGGGCUUCCGGCGAAACAUACGCGCUUUGUCAGACAUGUACAUACUAUUCAUCCUGUUUUCUCAAGUUUGUUGCGACUGGGUGGAAAUAUCUCAAAAUCAUUAUAAAAAGGAACCAGCCAAUAAAGUAGUAAACUUUGAGUUUACAACAAAACCAAACAGGAUAUACCGUAAUAAUUCUUUAACAGAAAAAGAGUGGCACAGAGGUGUGGUUGAUAAAGUGUCUAAUGUAGGGCAUAUAAGACAAGUGCAGUAUCCAAGUGUCAAAACUAGUUCUGUGAUGACAAGACCUGAAAAUGGAUUUAAUAGAAAAUUUAAUUACCCUUUAACAACAACAGAUGCUGCAGAGCACAGAUUUAUUUCGGCUAAGCCGAUUAAACAAAUUUUGAAUACCCAGGAUGAAGAUGAUGAUCAAAAUAAAGUUAUUCAGACCACCACUGCUAAUGUCGAUCAAGUCAGACGUCCAUAUUCUAAACCUAUUAAACAUCUUCCAACAGAUCAGGGUAAAAUAUUCGGUGAAGAUAGUGUAUUUAAUCGUAGAAAGCAAGUGCAAAUAAGCAAACCAACAUUAGCAGAAACCAAUAUUGACAAUGUCGAUUUUAGUGAAAGUGACAAAUUCUAUGCAAUAGCAAAGCCAAAUGUGCAUAGACUUGACGACGCACAUAAAUUCGAUGUCACAAAAAAAACUGAAAUUAAGUAUUCAAGCACAGAUAAUACUAUGGAACUUAAUAUCUCAAAAAUAAAACUAAUACAGAGAGAAUAUAGCAAUAAUGUUAGAGAAAAUGAUGCACACAAAAAACUAUUUCCAGUAACUAUUUCCAGUAAUACAGAGUAUUCUGAAAAGAAAAAAUAUGAACCCCAGGAUAGCACUAGUUCACAUCCACUCGAAGAGUAUUUUAAUUCUAGAAAAAAGUUCGGAAAUCCGUAUAAGAAUUCCGAAUUUAUUGUUAACGAAGCAAACCCUAAAAAACCUGUUCAUGGUAUCGUUAUGGGAACUACACCAUCCAUGGACGAAAAAGUGACUACAAUUCCUAAGAUUGAAAACUCUAAACCAAAAGACAUAACACAGGUAUCUAAAGGAAAUACAGUGAAGGGAAUGUGGAAGCUGAUUAAAUUAGUAACAGACACUAUUUACAAGAAUACACAUAGGAGUUUCAAGAGCAAGAUAAAAUAUUUGAAGAGUUUGAAGACAACGCUACUGACGAGCAUAGAGGACCAAAUAGACCGCGCAUGGCCAAACGACCCCGAUGCCCGAGGUGCGGCGCGGAGCACCCGCUCUGCGCAGGCGCGAGGCCACGUGGAGUUCCCUUCCUCCGAAAGUACCCUUAUGACAAUAUCAUUUCUCACCUUCGCUGUAUUUGUGAUCAAAUUGGUUUUGCAAGUGAUCCACACUUACAAAAACAAGACGAUGAUGGUGACCCCCGCAGUGGUGACGGCAGUGGGCCGCAUGGCCGCUGCUCUCAGAACACCCAACUAG